AUGGCAGAAACGAUCCAGCAGCUCAUCCUGGAUACUCUCGACAAAGAUGGCACUCUCAAGGAUACUCGGACACUCGUCCUGCCAGGCUCUUCGGAGCCCUCUGCGACCCAGGAAUAUCAAACCACCAUCCUUGGCGCACUCAAUUCACUUGCCAGUCGAGACAUGAUCACAUAUACGACGCAAGAAACUGUCUCGCAUGUGCUCACCCUGGAGGGCGCCCAGAUCUCGCUGGAAGGAUCGCACGAAGCUCGCGUGUGGGCAGCGCUACCCGCGAAGCGAGAUGGCGCGCCCGUGACCCCAAAGGAGCUCGAGAGAAAGGUCGGCUUUGAGACCGCGAAGAUCGGGCAAGGGCGGGCCUUCAAGAACAAGUGGAUCGGCAAGGAAGGGGAUGGUUUGGUCAAACUGGCUUCGUCCAUACAAGACGCGACGCAGUUGGAAUUGCGGGAGGUGGACUCCACUGGCACGUUGAAAGCGGGGGAGAAAGCUCUCGCGGAGUUGCGGAAACGCAAGCUCAUUGCACAAAAGAGGGGACAGUGGUUCACGGUCAAGAAGGGCCCGAGCUUCAGCACAUCUAUAGCCAAGCUCGAGACCGAUCUGACAAUUGACAUGCUAACUUCAGGGUCAUGGAAGACAGCACAAUACAAGAAAUACAACUUUGAGGCGGAGGGAAUGCCGCCAAAUGGGGGCGCCUUCCAUCCACUGCUAAAGGUUCGCGAAGAGAUCCGGAACAUUUUCUUGGAGAUGGGAUUUGCGGAGAUGCCAACAUCAUCCUUCGUCGAAUCCGGCUUCUGGUGCUUCGACGCACUCUUCGUUCCCCAACAGCAUCCCGCACGAGAAGUCCAGGAUACCUUCUACUUAUCAGACCCAUCGACCUCCCUCCCGCCGCCGGCCGACUACUACGCCCGCAUCGCGGAAGUACACGAACACGGCGGGUACGGCUCGACAGGCUACCGCGCGCCGUGGUCCGAGGCGGAGUCGCGCAAGCUCCUGCUGCGCACACACACAACGGCCUCCUCCGCGGCAAUGCUCUGGAAGCUUGCCGCGCGGUGCCGGGGCGAGGGCGCGUCUGCGGAGGAGGCAGACGCGCACUCUGGCGCGACGAAGGGUACCGCGGGGGCCGACGACGACGGGUUCAGGCCCGCCAAGCUGUUCAGUAUCGAUCGCGUAUUCCGGAAUGAAACGAUGGACGCGACCCAUUUGGCGGAAUUCCAUCAGGUUGAAGGCGUUGUGGCGGACCGAGGACUGACCCUUGCUGACCUGAUCGGUUUCAUGCGGGUAUUCUUCAAAAAGAUGGGGAUCGAGAACCUGAGGUUCAAGCCCGCGUACAACCCCUACACAGAGCCGUCACUUGAGAUCUUCGCCUUCCACCCACAGCUCCGUAAGUGGGUCGAAGUUGGCAACAGCGGCAUGUUCCGCCCGGAGAUGCUCGAGCCCAUGGGCUUUCCGAAGGACGUGCAUGUGCACGGAUGGGGCAUUGGACUCGAGAGGCCUACCAUGAUUCGGUAUGGAAUCAGCAACAUUCGGACAUUGGUAGGCCAUAAGGUCUCGCUGGAGGGAGUAGAGAAGUCCCCAGCGGUCAGGUUCUAG